ACGCAGGGACGAGAGCUCGCAAAUGUUCCCAGCGUUAACCAAGUUUGUCUUGAAGGAAAGAAGGAAUAAUACCAAUAUUUAUGAAUAAAUAAUAUUAUCAUUAAUAUUAUUAAAAGGCAGUUAAAAUGUCAGCAGCCUCGAUAACAGCUGGUGUUGUUCAGUACGGGCGGAGAAAAGGAUCGGGUAAACAAGGUAUAGAAGCAAAUCGACCUCCAGACCUUCGUCAAGUGGCCGUUUUAUCCAAAUCGGAUUGGUUGCGGAUUCAGGACAGUGUGAACGGAGUAAAUCAACACAAUCAGAGUUUAAUUGAAGCACGAGAACAGAGGGAGGCGCUGCACGUGCGCUCUAAAGAAGUGGUCAAACACUGGUCUAACACCAUCGCUAUGGUCAAGUAAGAAGAGACUGGUUACAGUUACUGCUCAAUAAGGAUAACCACUCACUUCAUGCCUACUGUCGUGCCUCCCUCAGCCUAGGCACAAUCACCC